ACGACGACGACGCCGGGAUCAGUCGUCGUCCAUGGGGUCCGUGCGCUUCGAGGCCGUGCCGCCGCGCCCGCGGACGAACGGCGUCGCGCCGCCGGCGCCGGAAUCGUCGGCGGGCAGCGUCUUCUUGAGGCGGUCGUAGUACUCGCCGAGCUCGCCGACGAAGCGGUCGAAACUCGGGUCGACGAGGAGCUCGGCGACGUAGCGCUGGACCUCGGGCCGGUUGAGAUCCAGGGACUCGAGCGACGCGGCCGGCGUCGGGUCGCCGGUCGCCGCCGCGAAGGCCUCCGCCUCCGCGGCGGUCGCGAACUGGAGCGCCGCCGCGCCGUCUCCUACACUUACGUCGCGGCCGUCGACGGAGAUGCCGCCGCCGAGCGCGAGCGCGACGCGGGCGGAGGCGUCCGUCUCGCCCGGCACCGUGACGCGCGCCGGCCGCGUGAGGACGAGCUUGAGGAGGCCCUCGGUCUCGCGGACGAGGACGGCGCCGUAGAGGCGGGCGGCGCCCUUCGUUAUCUCCGCGCCGCCCUCGCGCUUCAGGGCGACGUCCGUCCAGCGCUGGAGGGGUACUUGGGGCAUGGCUACGGAACUCCGGCGCGGCGUCCGGUCGUAAAUGUGUUGGCGUCCGGUCGCCUGGCUCCGCGUCGUCGCGCGCGGUGAGCAGAUUUUCAAAAGCCAAGCUACUCGACGAGUUGAAAGGGUGCUAGCCGCAAAAGUUAGCCUCUCGGCGCUCGCGGCCCGGACGGGGCCCAAAAUCGCGGUGACGCACGAGAUUCGUACUACGUGGACGUGGUCAAGUGCGCGCCGCUGUCGACGACCCGCAGAUUGCGCUGUGGAAAAGAGCGCGCCCCGAGGGCCUGGGGCCGUUUGAAAUUUUUUUGCCGUGGGGCACCGUGUCCGACGAGCUGGACCAAACGACGCGACCGCGAGAGACGCGAGGAAAGUUGUGGCCCUCGCGUGCAGCGGAAGGGGGCGUCGAGAGAGCACGCGCGGUCCGCGCCCCCAGGGGGUCUGACUCUACAACGCGGAGCUCAUCUUCCACCGAGCCCGUCGCGACCACUGCGUUGACAGUACGGGGCACCAGAGCUAUCCAGCGACGAGCCGAUUCGCCCGACGGGCCCGACAUCGCUACGCUGUUCCGCGCGCUGCUGCACGUCGGCCCUUCCUCGAUAUCAACCCGCGAGGAUCGCCGUCGACGCCUUCAUCGACGCCCUGAAGAGCCCCGAGCUGACGGCGAUCCUCGCGGACACCGGCCUCAAGCGCCCGGACGGUUUCCCGCCGCCGUAGGCCGUACGAAGG